CUAUCUCGGCCAUUAUCCCGAGUAGCUGCCAAGCUGGUCAGUCGCGCGAUUCUGUCGAUGGCUGGGGAUCGUGCCAUCCUGGCACUGGGGUCUGCGGCAUUUGCCGUCGAGGCAUACCAAGUCUUUUGCAAAGAAUUCACAGUCGACAGCGUACCUCUGAGUUCGGUCACCAAUCAUGACACACUUGCACAAGCCAUUGCUGCAGCCGUGACUCGCCGGGCCGCUGACGGACAAAGCCCCUAUGUCGCGUUUAUCUGGUUUUUUGGGACAAACAUCUUUUCUCCGUUCGACCAGGCGAUGCUAGAGCCUCUGACAAAGGCUGGCUGUGGUUUCUUCAGUGGUGGUGGCGCAGGCUACGACGAUGUUGCAACAGGCUGGAUGACUGAACAAGGCGCAUACUACUGCAAUACCCCAACCGCCAUUACCGUCUCCACCGCUAACGGCGCGUUGAUGCUGCUCCUCAACGUGACGCGGGCUUCGUAUCAGGGCGAAAUGUACACUCGAGCAGGGAAAUGGCGUGGUAAUUUGGCAGACCCUCACGACAUGUUCCCUCUCGGCUACGAUCUCGAGGAUAGAACACUCGGGAUCAUUGGACUGGGACAAAUAGGACAAGCCCUCUCUGUUCGCGCCCAGGCUUGUGGUAUGAAGAUAAUUUAUUAUAAUCGCCGAAGAGUUCCUGAAGCUGAAGAGAAUGGCGCACGGUAUGCCUCUUUCGAUGAGCUACUCGCAACAUCGGACGCCAUUUCGAUCAAUUGCCCACUCACCACCGAAACCCGACAUCUGCUUGGCCCCGCCGAAUUCCGCAAAAUGAAGAGCGGUGUUUAUAUCGUAAAUACCGCUAGAGGUCCUAUCGUUGACGAGGAAGCCCUUGUAGAAGCGCUGAAGUCGGGAAAAGUUGCUGCCGCCGGAUUAGACGUCUUUGAGAAGGAGCCAAGUAUUAAUCCUGGACUUCUCGAUCCCUCCCUAUCGUAUCGGGUCAGCAUGCAACCACAUGCGACUGGUAGGACUGCUGCGGCAUUUACGAAGGGUGAGAAUCAGAUUAUGAAAAGUGUCCGAGAGUAUAUGAGGGGUCAGCGACCAGAAUAUGCUGUGAACAAUCCCAAAUUUUGA